CCGGUUUAAUCAUUGCUUGUGCAUCCGCUGAAGAGUUUAUUAUAUGGCGGUGUGAUAAUCCAAGUCGUACCAUUUUUUGGAAUAUCAGCAGGAUAUCAGUCAACUUGAAGAGUGUUACUCAAUGAACAGAAAAACAAAUAUUGUGCAAUCAACAGUGUAACCUUGCGUGUACCCCGCGGAUCGCAGGAAGGACCCUACUGGGUUAGAACACCUGAUUGUGAAAACUGAAGCCUUGGAUGAAUAAGUAGGCUUUCUCAUUACAAACAACAGAUUAUUUCUGUCAAUCUAAAACAUAGAUUAUUAUACGUCAUCUCGUUAAUAUAAAUUGAAAGAAUCACAAAAUGGAAAUUUUCGCCAAGAACGAGCUUCUCCGCGAUGUCAACAUUUAUCACACUGUGUACUAUCCAACCGAAGUGAUGUUAUAUUUCGAGAAACAUCACAUAUUCGAGAUCAUGUAUGACUUAAUGAUUCUGUUGGAUAGGAAACGCCCGGACGACAUUUCAGCAUUCAUCGCGGGUAAUAUUGAAAAAAUUGCCAGUAAAUAUAGGAAGAUUAAUAUACUAGUCAAAUGCCCGCCGGAUCUUGAGCUUGAAAAGUUUCUAAAAAUCUGCUACCGAGUCCACCGGUCACCGGUGAUACGAGUGAAGCAUCCCAAAUCGCGAAGACGUUUGGAAAAUCUUCAAGCUCAGCUGAAAAGGUUUCGAUUGGAGAAUAAAAAUUUACUGUUCAUCGGGAAAGAUAAGAACGCAUUUGAAACAGUUGUUACGAAACAAUUCAACAUCCGCGGAUAUGUUGAGAUGCGUGGAGAUGGACAAAAUUCGACCAAAACAAUACUUCCCGCUGUUAUUGAUUUGAAAAAUAGCUUCAAAUUACUCGAACGCACACCAAAUCACCCCCACGUUAAGUAUAUCGAACGAAUUGCUUUUAUUGGUAGACCCGGGCCCGGAAAACGGCGCCAAGCGCAAUUAUUGGCGAAUCGCUUGGAUCUUGUUUAUGUUUCAGUUAAAGAAUUGAUUGACCGAGCGAGAAGCGAUGAUAAUCUUUUCAAGAAGUCACUCGAACUUGGGCUUGAUGAUAAUGUGCAUACACCCGAGCUGAUAGCGACCAUCGUACAGAAACGGCUACUCGAACCCGACUGUUUGCGUUUUGGGUGGGCUAUGGUGGAUUUCCCUAACACUGCUGAGGACGUGGAAAAUCUUUUCAGUUUAUUGAUCGUUCCGCAAAAAAUCCUUCAUGUACACACUAACGAAAGACUUUGCCGGAGAAGAAUAGUCGGAUGUAAGCAUAUUGAACGGAACAAAGAAGGUUAUCAGUCCGAGGCUAAAUUUAAGGAAGCAGUCCUUGCAGCAGAAUUCGACUUUUAUGAUAUGCACAAGGCCGAAAUGCUAGCAACAUUGAAGAGAAAAGAUUGUAUCAUGAUAGACGUCAAUGGGAAUUACGCUACGGCUGAAGUACAUGGAUAUAUUUUGGAGAAAUUACAUAUAAUGGAGUAAUUUAAUCGAAAAGAACUAUGGAGGAGCAAUGAAUGACGAAAUUACAAACAAAUUUCUUCAAAAAAUCUUUGAGUGUGCCAAACACCCAACCAUGUUGUUUUAUUUUUAAAGUUGUUUUUUUCCUAUUUUAUAGUUUAGGCGUUUCUGAAACAUUUCUCAAAGGAAAAUAUCAGAGACACAAACCAUAACAAAAUAAUUCUCUGAAGGUAUGCAACAAGCAAACCAAACAACUCGAAAAACUCAGACAGUUGUACCGAUAGCUAUCACUCGGUCGAUGGGCCCUAUUAUAGAAAUCGAAUCGAGGAUUCAAUACAAUCACUAUCACUAUCACACCGAAUAGAAUCUUGAAUUAUAGAAAUCGAGGAAAACAGCUCGAUUCGUUACUCUGCUCGAAUAUCAGUGGCGGUGCUGAAAUAUUUUGAAACGAGUUUGAAAUGUUUCACAAAGCACUAUAGAAAGGAUCCCAAAUUUUUUUUUGAGACAUCUACUAUGAAAAUUAUAAAUCUAUAUUUCCAAAAGUGUGAAUAUGUUUAUGUUUUGGAGAAAACUGAUAUUCCCUCAACGAAUGAAGCUUAAUAGGCGUAAUGCAUGCAUGGAUGUGUAAUAAAAACGACAUCAUGGAACAAUUUGCUUUACAAAAAAUAUAGGGCCCUAUUAUAGAAAUCGAAUCGAGGAUUCGAUACAAUCACUAUCACUAUCACACCGAGUAAAAUCUGGAAUUAUAGAAAUCGAGGAAAACUGCUCGAUUCGUUAGCAAGCUCGAAUGUCAGCGGUUGUGAUGGAAUAUUUUGAAACAAUCUUGAAAUGUUUCACGAAGCACUAUAGAAAGGAUGCCAAAUCUUUUUUUGAGGUAUCUGCUAUGAAAAUGUAUUUCCAAAAGUGUUAAUAUGCUUAUGUUUUGGAGAAAACUGAUAUUCCCUCAACGAAUGAAGCUUAAUAGGCAUAAUGCAUGCAUGGAUGUGUAAUAAAAACGAUAUCAUGGAACAAUUUGCUUUACAAAAAUAUAAUUAUUAGAAA